GAAGUUGAAAAACCGCAUUGUCAUGUCAAAUUGACAUUUUGUGCAAUUUUGACAGCAGCGUGACUCGGCUAAAAAAUGGCGAUGAUGUGUAUUUGUGCUGAGAGAAAUUUGGACAAAAAAAGAGGUUAAUGUAGCAUGAAUAGACAGAAAUUGUGAUUGUUACAAGUGUUGUAUUUGCCCAGUGAGACAAGUACAUUAGCGGAAAUUGGGCAGGAAGUGUGCGCUAAAAGAAGGAAAAAGGACAGGAAAAGAGGAAUAGAAGGGCCGCAUUCUCGGACGUGUUGGGAUUCUUUGACAGCCAAGAAGCCGCGUGGACUUUCCUUUUUAAUUAUUUUAUUCGUUUCUGGCUUUUGCUUUUGGCACUGUGUGGCAUUGGAAAUUGUUCUUCUGUGUAGGAAGAAAGGAGAGAGAGUGGAAAUUAAUUUGUCCGGAUAAAUUUUUUCAUUGGCAAUCAAUCAUGUCAACGAUUCUGAUUACCAUUAAGACGCUUCAGCAACAAACUUUUCAAAUUGAAUUCGAUGUAACGCAAACGGUGCGUCAGCUAAAGGAUAAAAUUGAGGAGGAACGUGGUAAGGAUUAUCCGGCAGAUGGUCAAUUGUUGAUUUAUGGUGGUGUUAUGCUGGAAAAUAGUCGAACUGUAGCAUCGUACAAUGUUGAAGAGAGAAAAUUUGUGGUGCUAAUGCUCCAGAAGCAACGUCCGAAGGAUCCAACACCAAAUCCAUCAACAGCAACCGGCAGUGAUGUCACAACGACUGAUUCAACAUCAGCUGAAUUGACAAAGGAAGCAGCCAAAAUGUCCAUUGGACAUCAAUCUGAUGCAUCCGAUGUGCCAAUUGAUGAUGCCACCGCCCCAGGGCAGCAGCACCAACAACAACAACAACAACAACCAACACCAUCGGAUGCAACAUCAUCAUCAGGAUCACCAUUGACAGCUCAACAGGCGGCAGAAUCGCGCCUCCUGAUGGGUGAUGAAUACAAUAAAAUGGUGGAUAAUCUGGUUGAAAUGGGAUACAGCCUAAGUGAGGUGCAUAAGGCCUUGCAGGCCAGCUACAAUAAUCCCGAAAGGGCUGUAGAGUAUCUGGUUUCGGGGAUACCAGAGGAUGCAGCUGGGGUCCUUGAGGGCAGUAUUGGUGGUGCUGAUGACGAAACUCAGGGUGUUUCUGGUGAUUUUAUUCGGGUUCCACACAAUACACCACGAGACGGUCGAAGUGAUCCACUGGACUUCCUCAGGCAACAGCCCCAAUUCCACCAAAUGCGUUACCUGAUUCAGCAGAAUCCCAGCUUCCUGCACGCCCUGCUCCAGCAAGUUGGUCAGUCCAAUCCGGCACUUUUGCGUUUGAUAUCGGAAAAUCAGGAGACAUUUGUAAAUAUGCUGAAUGAACCCUAUGACCCGGACAAUCAUCCGGCAGCCACAAUGGCACCCGGUGUACUCCAAUCGGGCGGUGGCACAACCACUGACACGGCUCCAACGGAUGAAAGAUCACAGCCACAGGGCGGAGAGGGCGGAGGAGGAGGAGUUGCUGGUGAUUCAGAGGAGACUGGCAGCGGCGGAGGAGGAGGAGGAGCAGGAGAGGCAGCUGCUAAUGCUCCAGCAAUUGCCAAUCCAUCUGAUGCCAAUCCAUACAAUCUCACUCCGGAAGAUGUUGCUGCCAUCGAAAGACUGAAGGAAUUAGGAUUCUCGGAGCAAGAAGUCAUUGAAGCGUAUUUGGCGUGUGGAAAAAAUGAAAAUGUUGCAGCCAAUUUUCUUUUCUCCUAAUAUAACUCUCGAGACACAAUCAACAUGAUUAAAAAAAAAAAAAACAAUCUACUUUUUUCUUUUCUCAUUUCUCUUUUUUUUUCACAAUAUUGCUGAAGUAAUUUUUCAUUCUCAAAUUAUUUGUUCUAUCAAAAACAAAAACAAAAAAAAAAAGAAAUGAAUUAAACAAAAACAAAACAGACUUGAAGAGAGAAAUAAAUAUUUGAUUAAUUAA